UAUAUAUAUAUAAGGGGGAGCAAAAAGUAAUGCUUGAAUUUCGCAGCGGCUAAACAAUAAUUUACUCUUUGGAAGCUCGGCACAUUCUUGAUCCUACGGCUGCUGCUCUGUUUCCCUCCAUUUACCAUUCAAAAAGAAAAACUAAAGAAAAAAAACAAUUAAAAGAAAAUUAAAAAAGGAAACGAUGAUCUCGGGAACUCUCUCAAUGCUAAGGAGAACAACUCUGAGAGCCAGAAACGGCGUCCAUCUUUUCCACUCUCUUGCUCUUCAGCUGGAAACCACCAACCACGACCAUGAAAGUCCUGAGGUGAGCCUCGCCGAGACCAACCGCUUGUUGUUCUCCUACUCGAGAAGCAAUCUCAACCUACAAGUUCUCAAUCUAUUCUUGGACAAUCAUCGCCAAGGGAAGCCUGUGGAUGCUUUGACUCUCUCCUGUGUUGUCAAGUCCUGUGGCUAUUUGUCUGAUUGGAUUCUUGGGAGACAGCUCCAUUGUUGCUGCAUCAAGCUUGGAUGUGCAGCUGACGUCAGUGUUGGCACUGCUUUGAUAGAUAUGUACAUGAAAUGUGACUGUGUGGGAGAUGCACGUAAAGUGUUUGAUUUUAUGCCUGAGAGGAAUGUAGUGUCCUGGACUUCCUUGAUCACUGGGUACACGCAGAGUGGAUUGCCAGAUGUUGUUGUGGAUUUGUUUGCACGAAUGCAGGUGGAGGGAGUUUGGCCCAACUCGUACACUUUUGCUAGUGUUCUUACAUCAGUUGCGGCUCGGGGAGCUGUUGAUGAAGGGAAGCAAGCUCAUGCGCAGUUGAUUAAGUUUGGGAACCAAUCUACCGUCUUUGUUUGCAAUUCCCUGAUGAAUAUGUACUCCAAGUGUGGUUGUGUCGAUGAUGCGAAUGCAGUUUUUGAGAGUGUCGAGAACAAGGAUGUUGUGUCAUGGAAUUCAAUGAUUGCAGGGCUGGUGUUGAAUGGGUCUGAUCUUGAAGCUCUGAAACUGUUCUGUAGAAUGAAACUUGCCGGUUUGAAGCCGACUCAAUUGACUUUUGUCACUGUGAUCAAGCUAUGUGCUAAGUUGAAAGAUCUCAUCUUGUCGCAGCAGCUUCAUUGCUGCGUGGUGAAAGACGGGUUUGCAUUAGAUGUUAAUAUAUUGACGGCAUUGAUGGUCGUCUACAGCAAGUGUGGUAAAAUGGAUGAUGCUUUUGAGUUGUUCUAUGCCAUGUCGGGAGCUAGAAAUGUGGUGUCCUGGACUGCAAUGAUCUGUGCAUUCAUCCAGAAUGGGGACCUUCAUCGAGCUGCUGUUCUUUUUUCUCAAAUGAUGAGUGGAGAUGUUCGGCCAAAUGAGUUCACCUUCUCGACCAUAUUAUCUGCUUCUCCGAUCAUUUCUCCACCUCAAAUUCAUGCACAAGUCAUCAAAACAAACUACCACAAUGUCUCUUCAGUAGGAACUGCACUUCUUGCUGCCUAUGCUAAACUUGGGAGCACGCAAAAUGCCCUUUCUGUUUUUAGGGACAUUGACAUGAAGGAUAUCGUUGCAUGGUCUGCAAUGAUGUUUGCCUUUGCCCAAGCAGGAGACUCUGAAGGUGCUGCAAAGCUGUACUCUGAAAUGAACUUAAAUAAAGUUAAGCCGAAUGAAUUCACUCUAUCGAGUGUCAUUGAUGCCUGUGCCAGCCCAGCAGCCUCAGUUGAGCAAGGGAAACAGUUUCAUGGCAUAAUAAUCAAAUUCAGGUACCAGGAUGCCAUUUGUGUGAGCAGUGCACUUGUUACAAUGUACGCAAAGAAAGGGAGCAUUGAGAAUGCUCAGAAGGUAUUUGAGAGGCAAUCGAUCAGAGACCUGGUCUCCUGGAACUCAAUUAUCUCUGGCUAUGCUCAACAUGGUUAUGGCCACAAGGCUCUUGAGAUAUUCAAGGAAAUGGAAGCUCAGGGACUUAAAAUGGACAGUGUCACCUUCCUUGGUGUAAUUGUAGCAUGCAUGCACACAGGUCUUGUAGAAGAAGGGAACAAGUACUUUGAUACGAUGGUAAAAGAUCACGGAAUUAAUCCAACAAUGGAGCAUUAUGCUUGCAUGGUGGACCUCUACAGCCGCUCAGGUAAGCUUGAAGAAGCUUUGAAUUUCAUCGAAGGAAUGCCAUUUCGAGCAGGGCCAAUGAUCUGGCGAACACUCUUGGGGGCAUGCCGGGUUCACAAAAAUGUAGAGCUUGGAAAGUUUGCUGCAGAGCAACUCAUGUCACUCGAGCCGCAAGAUUCUGCUGCUUAUGUGUUGUUGUCAAACAUCUAUGCAUUAACAGGAAAAUGGGAUGAAAGAGCUAAAAUAAGGAAACUGAUGAAUGAGAGGAAGGUGAAGAAGGAAGCUGGCCGGAGCUGGAUUCAGAUCAAGAACAAGGUGCAUUCUUUCUUAGCAGCUGAUAGAUCACAUCCUUUAUCUGAAAGUAUAUAUGAAAAGCUCAAGGAAAUGACCAAAAGACUGAAAGAUGAAGGGUAUUGCGCAGAUACUGACUUGGUACUACAUGAGGUUGAAGAGGAACACAAGGAAACAAUGCUUUCACGACACAGUGAGAGAUUAGCCAUUGCUUUUGGAUUGAUAUCCACCCCUCAAGGAACUCCCCUUCAGAUUGUGAAGAACUUAAGGGUGUGUACCGAUUGCCAUACGGCGAUAAAGAUGAUAUCGAAAUUAGAGGAAAGGGGCAUUGUUGUGAGAGAUUCGAAUAGGUUUCAUCACUUUAAAGAUGGCUCUUGUUCUUGUGGUGAUUACUGGUGAAUAGUUUUAUCAGCAGACAUCAUUCAUUGAAAUGCCACCCACUGUUGGGCACUUCAGUUCACUGUACUGCAUCAAAAUGACUUGAAUGGAGAAGCAUGUAAUACUUAAAAAAGGCGUUGAAGCCAAACGGGUUUCGCCCAUUAACCGAGGAAGAGAAGAUCCGACCCGUUAAGGCAGCAUUAUGAGAUGGUCAUCAAGAAAAUGAGAUAA